AUGCCAUCUGACAAAGAUGCUUCAGAACCCAGUCAGGUUGGUUUUGAUGCACCUUCAGGUGCGUCUGGAGAUGGAGCAGUUUUCUCAGCUGAGUUUGAUGCUUCGGCUGAAAUUCAGACCCUGAUUGACAAUUCUACGUCAAAAGCCAUGACUAAAACCAUAAUGUCGGCUAUGGGAGUAAUGUCUGACUCCCUCUCACAGACAUUUGCACAAACCUGGAUUCAGGCACAGAGAUCGGUUCAGCUGACUACUACCCAGGCUUUACCUUUAACGACUCCUGUGCAUCCUCAUUAUGGCCACAAAACCCUUGCUAAGGUUAAGCAUUUCUCAAUAUUACAGAUGGGCAGCUUUACACCUGUCACAGAUGGUGCGAUUAAUGUACCACUGCGCAAAAGAGCCACAAGUCGGGAAAAAUCGGCUAGACUAUGGAAGAGGGCAAAAGCCCAAUUAGUCAGAUCUCAGCAAUAUUGA